UCAAUUGUUGCAAACCAGUCUGUCAUUGACACUGACCGGCUGGAAAAGUGGAAGAUGUGGAAAACAAGAACAUUUUGUUCUUCUGCACGUUUACGUGGACUCGGAUCAUCAUCCACUCCUUCAAUAUGUCUGAGUACACCAAAAUCAUCCACCAAACAACAUUUACCAGUCACUUUUGCGGCUAGAGGGUCUCUGAACAUUGAAAAUGCUUUCUUAUUAGGGCAAUACAGAAUAAUGGCCCUUACAUCAAGAUAUUUGACAACAAAGGUGCCACCAGAGUUUGUUAAAGCAGAAAAACCCUCUCCUCCACCACCACCACCACCACCAAGAAAAUCUGGUUUCGGUAAAAAGUUCUUGUUUGGCAUAGUGGUUGGAUCAGUGCUGGUAGUGUUUGGUGUGCGAGAGUACUCCAAAUAUGAUGACAAGUUUGCACGCAAGGUUCGGUCCUAUCUGGACGACCAGCUGUCGGAUGGCUGGAAGACCACUGCUGGAUACAUCUUCCUGGAUAGUCCCAGCGUACCUGCACCUGUCAUCUCUGGUGACAAGACACGGCAGGAUAUUCCCACCUACCAGCCUGGCACGUACCAAGAGACGGACAAGAAUGGGAACCUGCUACCCAAGCUGCGUACUGCACCGGUACCGCUCAUCCCAGAGACAGCACCUGCAGCAGAAAAAGAUGCCGAAGUCGACCGCAAACUGCGAGAGAAGGCUGAGCUGCAGCAGCAGGUGUUAGAGAAGGAGGCCAGCGUGGCUGCCAGGAACCAGUACCUUCAGGAACGUCUGGCUGACAUGGAGACAGACUGUAGGGAGGCCUGGGAGAGGGCCGCUGAGGCCCAGCAGAGGGCGCUGGAGGCCACCCGCAGGCACACCCAGCUCAUGAGGGUCGCCAUGGACGACACAACUAAUGUUCAGGAGAAGGAUCUACAGUGGCAGAACGUUGCCAUGGCGUUUGAUGAACGUGAGGACGCUGCCAGAAAGCUGGAUAUAGACCUCUCCAAUGCCAGGGACAACCUUGAUAGGCUGAAGCAUGCUAUAGAUGAGGGGCGUAAGGAGGCAGAGACCAAAAAAAAUGCUGCCCUCACCACAGCCAAUGAGAAACUGAACAAGUGGACCAGUGAACUAAACAAAAAACAAAAUGAGGUGAGCCGGGCUGAGUCCGAGUACCGUGUGAUGAUGAAGUACAAGGACCUCGUGGACAAGGGCAAGGAAGUGUUCCGCAAGGAGGUCGAGAGUCUCAUGCCUGAGUUGGGAACCAAAAUAAGAUCAGGCCGCAAGAUGUCAGAGGAGGACCUGAACAUCCUGAUAGCUCACGCCCACCGCCGUAUAGAGCAGCUCAACAAGCAGAUGGCCUUGCAGCUGGCCAUGGAGAACCAGAGGCUACAGCAGGCGUUGUCAGACCAGAGGGAUGAAGAUGAGAAGAUCACCCAGGCUCGCAUACAGGUGGAGCAGGAAAGAAUGAGGGACGAGUUUGCCAUACAGAAGGAGAGAUGGGUGGGUAUAGUAAGAAUGAGGGAGGAGUUUGCCAUACAGAAGGAGAGAUGGGAGAAAGAUGCCAAUGUGGAGUUUGAGCUGGAGCUAAGGAAGGAGCUUUCGCGCCAGACUGCGGCCCACAGCGACCACCUGCAACAGGUGCUCCGUAUCCAGGAGACCAAGCUUGUGAGGGAAUUUGAGCGCGAGCUCCAUGUGCGCAUGCUCGAUGAACGACAGAGGUUUGAGGGCGAGCUGUCCGGUUGGACUGCGCGGCUGAGAGGCAUCGAGUCAGCCGUCUCAGCUCGUGCUGAGUCAGAGGCGAUAGCAAAGGAGGCCCAAGAUCUGUGGCUGGCCACUGUUGCUCUCAACGGAUCCAUCUUGUACGGCAAUGAGGGCGGGAAAACAUGGGAGGAGCAACUGAAACCCCUUGAAAAGGACGUUGAAACCAUUUUCAUGGCCGCAAAAAACAACCCCUUCGUCAACAGGGUUCUGGAGAGCAUACCCCAACGAGCGCUUACUCGCGGGGUGUACACAGAGGACAACCUGCGUCAACGCUUUACAAAAGUUUACCGGGUCGCAAAACGUGUUGCACUUAUCGAUGAGACUGGAGGGUCUUUGAUGAAAUUCAUGCUGUCUUAUUUUCAGUCUUUUUUCGUCAUACCUUCCGUGUAUGCCAUACAUGAGUCAGACGAGGUGGAUGUUUCAAAGAUGGACGUUUUCCAGUUGUGUGGUCAUGCCAGGUACUGGAUUGAGAAGGGCGAUCUGGAGCAAGCGCUGAAGUUCAUGAAUCAGUUGACUGGGGAAUCCAGAAGAGUUGCUGCAGAUUGGAUAGAGGAGACAAGGUUGCUGUUGGAAACCAAGCAAGCUGCACUCGCUUUGAUGGCUUUUGCCUCUUCCUCGGGGCUGGGGACAAUUUUCUAGACAGUUGUUGUUGUUGUUUAAUAUUAUAUAGGUUUUUAUCUAUUUAAUUUCAUAUAUCAGUAUAAUAAUUAUUCAAUAUGAAAUUUAAGCUUUUUCUUUUGUUGUCUGAUAUGAGCAAUAAAACGUGACCUAUUAUGUGAUUUCAGGCUGUGAAUUAGGAUUAAGCAAGUGGACUAAAGUGUAGUGUUAAACAAGACACAUCCAUUUGCAGUUAAAGGAAUAUUUGUUUUGUUUUCAUUUAUGUUUUGUGUUACUAAGUUGGCACUUCAUGGAAUUAUUGGCCAGAGCUAAAGAGUGUCAAUAAGUGACUCUUGACAUUUCAGAAAAAAUGGUAUAACAAUAAAUCAUAAAACUUU